AUGAGAGUUGCUUCGGACAGCAGCAUCUCGGAAGAAGGUCCUACGGACUCGACGAGCGCUGCAACGCCAGCGAGCGGUCAGUGUCCGCGGCUACCCGCGCCCUUGGACGAAGAGACUGCUGCUUCGCGGGGCCCGCGUAGCUCUUCGCCUCCGACAGCGGUGUCGCCGAACAGGCGCCGUUUGCUCCAAGCACGCAUCGCUAUGGACGACCGCCAGAACUUAUCUCCGCAAGAAGCUGACGCGUCGCCGGAUGAAGAACCGAGGCACAGCAGCAUACACCUGCCAUCGCGGCACCAGCGCGAGCCGCCUAGAAGGCGCACCUUCGUGGAGAACGUCACUUUCCGGGGCCAAGAGACGCUGCUGAGCAGGAACGCCUCGCUAGAGAGCACGUCCUCACCAAGCAUGCUGUCGUGGAUGCCAGCUGUCAUCCGCGUGGAGAAGCGUGCGAUCCCCAAGCUCACACUGUGCUCGGCGGUCUUCCUGUGCGUGAUCGUGGUCGCGGCCUUCGUGCUGGUGCUGGCGCGCAAGAUGCCCUCUCGAAGGGAGCACGUCUGCUCCACGGAACACUGUCUAGAGCACGCGCGCCGCCUCUUGAGCUCGCUGAACGCGUCGGUCGACCCAUGCCACGACUUCUACGCGUACGUCUGCGGCGGCGGAGACGACCACGCCGUCGGCCCCAACGAUGUGCUGGACCGCUUCUACGGCUCGGAGGUGUUACACGUGCUGCUCCGGCCAGGGCUGGAGGGGAACUACACACCGACGACCACCUUGAAGGCGCUCACCGCCCUCGAGAAAUGUGCCGAUAGGUCGGGUGCCAACGAAGCCAUCGGCGACUUCGCGCAGUUCAUGGCGGACCGCGGAAUCUCUUGGCCAGCGCAGGCCCUCCAAGAAGACCGCCGCGUGGGACUGCUGGAGUUACUUGACGUUCUGUUUGACCUCUCCAUAAAUUGGAGAGUCGCGUUGUGGUUCGACGUGAGCGCCGCAUACUCGGACAUUGACGGUUCCUUCGUCGUCAGCGUCAGCGAGGUGGGAGCCCUCACAUGGCACCGUAUGCGGCAGCUGUCUACGCUGGAUGACAACGCGUACGCUGCCUUGGCUCGCAACAUGUCGUCGCUGUUGACCAACGGCUCGCUCUCGCUAGGCGACGAUGACCUAGCCGAGCUGCGUCGCGACGAAACUGCCAUUCGCAGCGCUAUCCUGUCUCUUGACCCUGCUGAGCAGCACGACCGCCUAGUGCCACUUCACAGGGUCGGCGAUGUGACGAGAGUAAUUUCGUCAGCCGAAUGGAUGGCGCUGCUGAAGAAGCACCUCAACGCGGACUUCAAUGUAUGCUCGCACACAGAAGUGUUACUGUCGAACGAACUGUACCUCGCGAGGAUGUUCGCGUUGUUGGGCAACCUCGGAGGGGACAGAGCGCUAAACGUAACCGGUUGGACCUUCGCUUACGUGUACGCGUGGACCGCCACCCCGGCGUUCGACGAUUUCCCAAGCAUGGGCUCAGAAGGCAUGAGGAUGUACUCCCUCUGCUUCUUGAACGUGCAGGAGUGGUUCGGCCUCGCCCACUUGGCCGCUUCGUUCUCGCACGAGUUCACGACGCACGAGCGCCACGAGAUAACCGGCAUUCUGAACUGGACGUCAUUUGCGCUCGCGGACGCCAUCGCCAACUCCCGCAGUGUGUCAAAUUCCACCAAGAGCAUGGCUGCGGCCAAGAUCCAGACAACCGCGGGGCGACACUUCUGGCCUCCGGAGCCGUUCUUCCACCAAGACACGCUGGACAUCAUGUACGACAGCUUUCCGGCGCAACAGAGCACAUUUUUCGCGAUCUGGAUCAAGUCGCGGAUGGCACUGAGGAAGUCUCUGACCAACCGUUACUACGGAAGUCUCAUGACCGCGCGUUACCGCUGGUCCCUCAGCGACGUUCUCUACGUUUACAGCUUCAACUGGAUGCGCAUCAGCCUGGGGGCUUUUUACCCGCCGUCUUACUUGAAGGACGGCUCGAGCGCUAUGGCGUACAGCGGUCUGGGAUUCCAGCUGGCCAGAGCGCUGGUGAAAAUCGCGGACGAGCACGGUAGACGGCUAGAUUACAUUGGGCGCGAGAACGACUGGUGGGAAAUGGUGCAGAAUUGUACGUGGGACCUCGCUCAGUCGGAGCACGAGAAACGUGGGGUGGCCGACUUGUUCGCGCUUGAACUGGCACUGGAGGCGUUCAAGAGGAGCUCGAGGAGCAACUACCAGCCGGUCAAGAUCCGUGGACUCGAGAGGCUCUCGGAGGCGCAGACCUUCUUCAUGAGCUACUGCAGCAGCUUCUGCGACAAUCCGGAUGGCGCGAGACUAUGUGGCCUGGCGGCGAACAGUCAAGUGCCCAUCACCACGGUGUACCUGCGUUCUCUUGGCAAUUUAAAGGACCCCUGA